UUUUUUUCAUUGUUGAAACCAUAAGUUUAUCAGCAAACUUUUGUAACUUUCUGAUUGUGUCUACAUACUUAGAGUAGUAGGGCUAUAAAAAUAAAACUAACAUACACUCUUGGACAAGCUGAUAAGCGUAAUCAAUGUGCGCAUGCAUGUAUGUAUGAAGUGUAUCAAUUAGAUUUUGAUGUUCAAGUAGAACGGUUGUACAGCUCUGCGACACGUGUUAAAACUUUUGAAUCAAAGCUAAGAUUAAAGACCUUUUACAAUUUAAUCAAAAUGCAAAGCGGGUGGUUUAGCGAAAUACAAGAUGAAUUAUGGCCUGGACAAUCGUUUUCUUUAAAAGUUAGAGAAGUGCUUCACAAGGAGAAGUCAGACUUUCAAGAUAUUCAAAUAGUUGAGACCGAUUCAUAUGGAAGAUGCCUUAUACUUGAUGGAAUCAUUCAAUGCACAUAUAGGGAUGAAUUUUCAUAUCAAGAAAUGAUUUCGUUCCUGCCCCUAUGCUGUCAUCCAAACCCUGAAAAGGUACUGAUCGUUGGAGGCGGCGACGGUGGGGUAGCCCGUGAAGUCGUUAAGCAUCCUUUAGUUAAGGAAGUGCAUCAGGUUGAAAUUGAUAAUCGCGUUGUUGAACUCUCCAAGCAAUACCUUCCUGCCAUGGCGUGUGGCUUUGAUAGCAAAAAAUUGAAACUGACUAUUGGCGAUGGAUUUGAGUACAUGAAAAACCACAAAAAUCAAUUUGAUGUCAUAAUAACUGAUAGCUCAGAUCCGAUUGGGCCCGCAGUGAGUUUAUUUAAUGAGAGCUACUAUGGCUUACUUAAGAAUGCUCUUAAGGAUGGCGGUAUUGUGUGUUCUCAAGGCGGUAGUUUCUGGUUGAACUACGAAUAUGUAAAGAAAACAAUGAAUGGGUGUAAGUUACAUUUUCCAAAGGUAUCCUAUGCUACAACUUCUGUGCCAUCUUAUCCUUGUGGUCACAUUGGAUUUGUAAUCGGUUCUCUUGACGAAAAUCGAUGUCUUGAGGAACCUGUUAAAAGAUUUACCAAAACAGAAAUUGAUUCCCUUGACCUAAAGUACUACAGCAGUAAAAUUCAUACAGCUGCGUUUGCUCUACCUCGAUGGAUAGAAAAGCAUUUCUACGAAUAAUUAAGUGUUUUAAGAAAAUAAAUUGCUUUAACCGUCGAAAAUGUGUUUAUACACGUGUAAAUCAAAUAUAAAUUAUUUUGGGGUUAAGGGCAAGGUCAUUUUGUAAUCACUUAUAAAUAAAUAAAUGAAUGAAAA